GUUUUUUCUUGCUACACUAUACGCUUUUUCUUCUUCUCUUAUCUAGAGUGCACACACUAUCCAUCCUUUUGUAAAUACCUGUACACGCCCACACGCCCAAGAUGUCAUUCAACGCAGAAGAGUACACCGACAAGCUGCUGGAGGCUGUCAAGUCGUCGAUGGCGCUGGCCGUCGAGAACCAGAACCUCACAGUUGAUCUCGCCCACCUCCUACUCGCCCUUUGGGAGCAGGACGACGGCUACCUCAAGAACAUUAUCGACAAGGUCGGUGCACAGCCGGUCGAGUUUGAGCGCGCAGUCCGCAGCGCGAUCGCCCGCCUUCCCGCGCAGGACCCCGCGCCGCCCGAGCCCGGCUUCAGCCGCAGCUUCUUUGACACCCUGCCACAAGCCAAGAAGGAGAUGCAGGCAAUGGGCGACUCUCUGGUGGCUGUCGACACCUUCCUCCUGGCUUUGACCUAUCAACGAUCGGUGCAGGAGAUCCUGGAUCGCGCCCGCGUCUCGCUGAAGCAGCUGCGCGAUAUAAUCAAGAAGACGCGCGGGUCGCGCAAGGUCACGUCGAAGAACGCCGAGGAGAAUUUUGACGCACUGAGCAAGUAUGCGGUCGACAUGAUCAAGCAGGUCGAGGGCGGCAAGAUCGACCCCAUCAUCGGCCGCGACGACGAAAUCAGGCAGGUCAUCCGCGUGCUGUGCCGCCGCAACAAGUCGAAUCCGAUCCUGGCCGGUCCGCCCGGUACAGGCAAGACCGCCAUUGUCGAGGGCCUGGCGCAGCGCAUUGUCGCCAAUGACGUGCCAAAAACUCUCCAGACGCACCUGUUCUCACUGGACAUGGGCGCGCUGAUUGCCGGCGCCAAGUACCGCGGCGAGUUUGAGGAGCGCCUGAAGGCUGUGCUCAAGGAGGUCACCGAGUGUGAGGGCGGCGCCAUCCUGUUCAUUGACGAGAUCCACUUGGUGCUCGGUGCCGGAAAGACCGAUGGCGCCAUGGAUGCCGCCAACCUGCUCAAGCCCAUGCUGGCCCGCGGCGAACUGCGCGUCAUCGGCGCUACCACCGACGACGAGUACCAGAAGUAUGUUGAAAAGGAUGCCGCCUUUGAGCGCCGCUUCCAGAGGGUCAAUGUCUCGGAGCCCUCCGUACAGGACACGAUUUCGAUCCUGCGUGGACUGAAGGAGCGUUAUGAAAGCCAUCACGGCGUCAAGGUGCUUGAUGCCGCGCUGGUCACUGCUGCCCAGCUCUCCGACCGCUACAUCACCAACCGCCGCCUGCCUGACAAGGCCCUGGAUGUUGUCGACGAGGCCAUGGCGUGGACCCGCGUCCAGCUCGACUCGCAGCCCGAGCAAAUCGAUCACCUGGAGCGCCGUUUGCAGCAGCUUGAAAUCGAGCGCAUUGCACUGCAGAAGGAAAAGGACGACUCUUCGCGCAUGCGCCUUGAAGCAGUCGGCAAGGAAAUUGAACAGAUCAACGAGGAACUGCGCCCGCUCAAGCUGCGCUACGAGUCUGAAAAGGGUCUCCUGGACGAGAUCCGCAGCGCAAACCAGAAGAUGGACGAGCUGCGUCUGAAGGCCGAAGACGCGCGCCGUCGCCACGACCUUGAGCGCGCUGCAGAUAUGGAGUUCUACGCGAUUCCUGAGCUCCAGAGCCACCUCAAGGAGCUGCACAGGCGCCAGGCCGAGCACGAGGCCAAGGUUGCUAGCGGGGAGAUCAAGGAGGAGAUGCUGAGCUCGGUGGUUGGGCCUGACCAGGUUGCCGAGGUCAUCGCCCGCUGGACCGGCAUCCCUGUGCAGCGCCUGACGCAGUCGCAGGUCGAGCGCUUGAUGACCCUGGCUGAGCGCCUGAAGAAAUCAGUUGUCGGCCAGGACCGCGCUAUUGACGCUGUCGCCGACGCCAUUCUGCGGUCGCGCGCCGGCAUGGCUCGCACUAACCAGCCCACCGGCUCGUUCCUGUUCCUUGGUCCCACAGGAACCGGAAAGACGGAGCUUGCCAAGGCGCUGGCACGCGAACUCUUCGAUAACGAGAAGUACAUGAUGCGCCUCGACAUGUCCGAGUAUAUGGAGCAGCACACUGUGUCGCGCAUGAUUGGCUCAGCACCCGGCUAUGUCGGCUAUGAGGAGGGCGGCCAGCUGACCGAGAUCGUGCGCAGGCGGCCGUACAACGUCAUCCUAUUCGAUGAGAUCGAGAAGGCACAUCCCAACGUCCUUAACAUUCUGCUGCAGGUACUCGACGAUGGCCGACUGACCGACGGCCAGGGCCGCCUGAUCGACUUCACUCAGUGCGUGAUCAUCCUGACAUCCAACAUCGGCCAGGACAAGAUCCUUGAGUACACAUCGCAGCUCAACCCGUCGCUCACCGAUACCGGUGUGCUGCCCCAGGGUGUUCAGGACUUGGUCAUGAACGACCUGCGCCGUACACUGCGCCCAGAGCUGCUCAACCGUCUUGACGAGAUCGUCGUGUUUAACCGCUUGGGAUACGAUAACCUGCGCAGCGUGGUACGUCUGCAGCUGAGCCAGAUCGAAUCGCGCCUGGCUGAGCGCGACAUCACGCUUACCAUGGAUGAUGGGGGUAUCAACCAUGUGCUGAAGGAGAGCUAUGAUCCGCUGUAUGGCGCUCGUCCCAUUCGCCGCUUCCUGGAAAAGAACCUCGUCACUGCGAUUUCUAAGGAGAUCAUCCGCGGUUCGCUGCCUGACCACAGCAUCAUCAAAAUUACCCAUGUCGAUGGUCUGCCUGAGGAGUUUGUCUUCACAGUCGACGCCAAGCCGGAAGAGACAGACGCUGACAUGCAGAUGUAAACGAAAAAUUUCUCAUUUAAGACACCCAAAAGCACUGUUUUCAUAUAGAUUUACACGUUCGAACCCAAUCACCUGACCGUGUUUCAGCCAUGGAAUUGAUAUAGUUAAUAUGUUGCGCGCCCACUGCGGCUGUCCGUGACGUCGACAUGUCAGCCGAACCAGAUGGCGGCAAGCCGGGAGCCAACGAGACCUUUGCUAC